AUGGAGAGGAAGGGCUCGGCGGCCGGAGCCAAGGGGAACCCGAGUCCGCCCGCGGCCGGCGAGGCGCAGCGGCCCCAGCCGCCGCUGUGCGUCCCGGGCGGCGGCGGCGGCGGCGGAGGGACCCCGGCGCGGGGCCAGGCUGGGGCGGCGGCCGAGCCCGCCGAGUUCAUCCGGCGCGCGCACGAGUUCAAGAGCCAAGGGGCGCAGUGCUACAAGGAUAAGAAAUUCCGCGAAGCCAUCGGCAAAUACCACCGGGCGUUGCUGGAGCUGAAGGGGCUGCUGCCGGCCGCCGGGGAACGGGAACGGGACUCGCGCGGGGCCUCCCCGGCCGGGGCCCCCAACCCCGGCCGCCUCUCGGAGGAGCAGAGCAAGACGGUGGAAGCCAUCGAGAUCGACUGCUACAACAGCCUGGCAGCCUGCCUGCUCCAGGCUGAGCUGGUGAACUAUGAGCGAGUCAAGGAGUACUGCCUCAAAGUCCUGAAGAAAGAAGGGGAGAAUUUCAAGGCCCUUUACCGGUCCGGUGUGGCCUUCUACCACCUUGGAGACUACGACAAAGCACUCUACUACCUGAAAGAGGCAAGAACCCGACAGCCAACAGACACCAAUGUGAUUCGAUAUAUCCAGCUGACGGAGAUGAAGCUCAGCAGAUGCUCCCAGAGAGAGAAGGAAGCCAUGUAACCAGAACACCUUUCUAGAGCCGCGCCUGGCCCGGGACAUCCAAGCACCGCGUGGUGGAGAGACCCUCCCUGGGUUCUGUUCCUUUCUCCUCACUUCCUCCUCCUAUUAUCCCUCAUCUCCUUAUCUACUCUCUUUGCGCACGGAAGGAGACCUGCGGGUUUGGAAUCUGGUGGGCUGCCCCAACAGUGGAAGACAGCCUCCUUUCAGGAGGGGCAGCUGCUGAAAGAGACCCGGCUUUGGCAGGAACAGCCGGAGAGGACUGUCACAGGUUGGGAGUGCCAUUAUAGCUUUGACUUGGGCCAGUGCUCCUGACAAGAGGCAGAGCCCGGCAGGUGGACCCUCCCAGAGGCGUCAGGCAUGGAGCCCACGGCCUGGACCCCUCCACAGCUUCUUCAUAGACUGGAGCAUCUCACGGCAACUGUGAUGAAUCCAGGAGCCAGACAGACACCAGAAGCAUCGGUUAAGCCCACAGAGUCCGAGAAUUUGUACACUGGAUUUCUGCACACACACACACAAUGCCCGCUCCCCACCCCCAAGAACCCUCAGCCCCUGCUUCCCUCCCUCCCUCGUUGUCUCGUUCUGUGCUUUCUCCUCUCCCCCUUGGGGAUCUGAGACUCCGCCUGGAUUCACAUGCCAUCGAAACCCACUCUCAGUGCCCGCUGGUGACCACACAUACCAUUCCCCCAGACUCCCGCCCAGCAGGCAGCUAUGACUGCAGAAGGUCAGGGUAGAGUGGGCCAAGGACUGACCACAUAGGACUGGGGGGAGGGAGAGAUGACGUCUAGUGGACAGAGCAUUGUGUAGACUGGGAAACUGAACUGUGGACGAAGUUAAGUGUGAAUAAAAAUAAAUGAACAGGCAGCAGUCCCUGUCACUUCUGUUGGAAGCAGCCCACUGCCUCACGUUUACUCCCUCCCCCAACCCUCAGUCAGAGUUGCUUACAGCCAGGCAGGAUGGGGCUUCCCCCAGAGCAAUGGGCCACUUGUCCAGUGAUGUACAAUGCUGGUUGCGCCUUUGUGCUCUUAGAGUAGGCUGGGAUUGUGGAGACCACCCAGGGACUUGGCUGGGUGGGAACCUGUAAGCCCCUUUUUGAUGAAAUUAUCUGGACUCAAUAUCUAGCACGUAGAAUGCGUUCAACAAAUAUUUGUUGACUGAGUGAAUGAUGACUGCAGACUGGUUCUCCUGCCUUAAACUCAUUUUAUCCCAGCCUAGGCUCCAGAUACUUAUGCUUUUUUUGCGAUGCCAUGUAGCUUCAGUCAAAUAAGAAACAUUUACUGAGGGCUUCUUGUUUGCCUGUCAUUGUGCAAUAUGCCCUGGGACGAAGGAUGUAGUCCUGGUCUUCAAGGAGAUGGAAGAGUUGAGAAAUAGUUAUAGGAGAUUAUUACCAAUGACACCUUUAAUUUAUAUGAUGCUUUAAGAUUUUCAAAGCACUUUCAUGUAUUUUUUGUGUGAUCAGUGAGACAAUACUGUACAAAUUAAAAUAUAUACAGAUGCAAUAAUGUUAAUAGUGAGCAUUUAUUAAAUGCAUUCUCCUCAGA